GGUGAACGUCGCCUUCCUUCGGACAUAAAAGAACGACUCUGCCCUUCGGACGUUUGUGCUCCUUUGCGGUAGUAAACGUUUUCGGGGACCUACUUCUCCUGCUGGCGCUGACAGGCGGUGCUUCGGUCGCUCCCAAACAUGGCCUCCAUGACGGAGCGACCGCUUCAACUUUAAUUUUUCGCCAAUUUUCAGAUAUAUAACCACAUUUUUUCCCCUCCACGACCAACGGGAAUGUUCCGUCGGAAAAUAUUAUCAUGCCAGACUUGUGAGACAGAUGUUAUCUUUCGGAGAAGUUCGCUGUUGGAUUUGAACACAUCGCUUUAAGUUGGCUGGAAAGCUGGAGAGGAAAAAGAGAAUUGCAUCAAAUCAAAUGCCAUCUGAGGCUCAGUCCCAGGAGCCUCGGGACAGAGGACCGCCCCCUCCCGUCACUCGGGCCGGACGCAGCGCUCAGCUGGCCAAAGCCGCCGCUACUAGCCCCGCCUCCGACAGGCGGACCCGUGGGCGACCUCGAAAAGAUGGGAGCGGCGGCCGCUCUGGACCACCAGCCCCUCCUCCUCCUCCACCACCUCCUCCUCCUCCUCCCAAAUCAAGGAAGAAGGGGCGGAGCCGAGGACAAGCCCAGGUAGAGGAUGAAGAGAGCAUGGACGCCAUGGAGAAGAAACCCCCCCACAGGACAGAGGUGAAGGAGAAGACAACAGGAUGUCGUCGCUCCACCUCCAGGAGGAAGUCCAACACAAACCCUGAACCUGACCCGGAACCCGACCCUGAAUCUAGCCAGGACAGGCUCACUCCAGAACCUGAGCUGGACCCAGACCCAAGUCCCUCUGACCCCUCAGUCCCCACGUCCAGUCCAGGACCAGCUCCCAGUGCUCAGGAGGAGGACAGAACCAGUCCUGAUCCCGUCCCCCCCGUCCCAGCCCACGGCCCCGGACCAGUUCCUAGUCCUGGGGAAGAUCCUGGGGUCGGCCCCCCGUCCCCAGGCCUUAGCCCGGUUCACAGACCCGCCUCCAGCCCCAGACCAGACCCCAGUCCUAUGGAGGAGGCCCGGCCCAGUCCGAGCCUCAGCCCCGCCCCCACUGAGGUGGACUGCAGACCCAGCAGAGGUCCAGAGGAGCCGGGAGGGGCCAGUCCCGUGGAGCUGAGUCCUGGCUCCAGCCCCCCGGUGUCCCCCUGUCUGCGGCUGGAGGACGAGGACUCGCUGUCCUCCCUGUUCCAGCGCUCGCUGUCGGAGGACUCGGGUGGCUCUCCGACCCCUAGUCUGGGACACACCAAGAAACGGCUGAAGCAGUGUGCCUUCUGUUACCGUGGUGACCGUCCUCCUCUGGGUCAGGGCCGUCUGGUGGUGUUUGGUCCGACUCCUGGCUACAUCCCGCUCCACAUCCUGAGCCGCCGCGCCUCCUCCGACCGCGACAGCGACUGUCACGACCACUGCUACCGCGGUGACCAGGUCCCGCCCACGUGCAGCAGUCCAGACCAGUGUGAGGACGAGUCUUCCUCAGAGUUCUUCAAGCAGCUCGGACCAAUCGGCCUUCCACCUGAGAUCAACGUCCAAUCACUGUUCGACCCCACAGGUCAGUGCUGUGCUCACCUGCAGUGUGCUGCGUGGUCAGAGGGGGUGUGUCGAGGCGAGGGCCAAUCACUGCUCUACGUGGACAAAGCCAUCGACUCAGGAAGCACACAGGUGUGUGUGUUCUGCCGGCGGCUCGGCGCUUCACUGCGUUGCCAAGAGACGGGCUGUGGGCGGAGCUACCACUUCCCCUGUGCUGCUGCUGCCGGAGCUCAUCAGGACUGGAACCAGAGACACACACUGUGUACAAGGCACACACACACAGGGUCCUUGCGGUGUGUGUCGUGUUCGGGCCGUGCAGAGGUCGGUGGCCUGUUGAUGUGCUGUUGCUGCGGUAACCGUUACCAUGGCAGCUGCCUGGACCCUCCUCUGGCCCCCUCUCCCCUGUGCCGGGCCGGAUGGCAGUGUCCCGAGUGUCGAGCAUGUCAGAGCUGCAGGUUGCGAGGAGAUGAAGGUGUGCUGCUGGUGUGUGGGCGCUGUGAUAAAUCCUACCACUCACACUGUCUGACGCCGCCUCUGGAUCUCACACCAAGCACCGGCUGGAGCUGCAAGAACUGCAGAGUCUGCCGCCGCUGUGGCGUGAGGUCAUCGGGCCUGUGGGCCAAUCACCCGUUUCUGUGCGAGUCGUGUGACCCAGCCCUGCCUUGUUCUCUCUGUGGCCACGCCCCCGACCUCUACGCACCACAGGAGUACCUGACCUGUAUCUGCUGCUAUAGGUGUGUCCAUGCAGAGUGCAUUCUCCAGGCUGGGGAGGGCAGGGCUGGGUCUGAAGGUUAUGUCUGCUCCACCUGCAGGCCACAGGAGGAGGAGCUAAUCCCACACACUCCAAUCACACACAGUCCUACCCACGCUCCUCCCACGAGCAUUUCACAGCCACCAAUUCCAAGUCACACAGAGGCUCUGCCCAUCAGUCCCACUGCUCAUAGUCCAGUCCUGCUCAUCUGUUCAGAGCCAUCACAAAGUCCUACCAGGACGAGCUUGGCACCAUCAACACAGAUUUGUACUCACCCUGAUCCCACAGAGAACCAACAAAUUCCUGCACCAUCUCCUAUGGAACGCCAACAAAGUUCCCCAUCAUCUCCCAUAGGACUCAAACAAAGUCCCAAACCAUGUCUCGCCGAGCUCCAACAAAUACUUGCAUCAUCUCCUAUGGAGCUCCAGCAAAGUCAUCCGCCAUCUCCCACAGAGAACCAACAAAUUCCUGCACCAUCUCCCACAGAGCCCGAGCAAAGCUCCCCAUCAUCUCCCACAGGACUCAGACAAAUUACUGAACCAUUUCACACAGAGCUCCAACAAAUUUCCCCAUCGUCCCCCACAGAGCUCCAACAAAGUCAUCCAACAUCUCUCACAGAUUUGCAAAAAUGCACUGCACGAUCUCCAACAGGAUUCAUAAAAAGUCCUGGAGAAUCUUCCACAGGACUCAUCCAGAAUCUUGCAGCAUCUUCCACAGAACUCCAACAACGUUCCUCAUCAGCUAACACAGGGCUCAAGCACAGUCCAGCACCAUCUCCCUCAGAGCUCCAACAGAGUUCUGCACCAUCUCCCUCAGAGCACCAAAAAAGUCCUGCUCCAUCUCCCACAGAACUUGAACAAAGUCCUGAACCAUGCGCCACAGGACAACUACAAAUCCCUGCACCACCUCUUACAGAGCUCCAACAAAGACCUCCACCAUCUCUCACAGAGGUUCAACAAACUUCUGCAGAGCUCCUGCAAGUUUCGUCCGCAACCCAUUCUAAUCAAACAGAGCUCCAACAAAGAUCUGGCCAGUCUCACCCUGUUCCCGCAGCGCUUGGAACAAGCCCCUUGCCAUCUUGCCCCGAUCCUGCAGAGCUCCUGGGACGUCCUUCACCGUCUCACUAUGAUUGUACAGAGCAACAGAAAAGCCACACCCCAUCUCACCUUAGUCCAGGAAAGCUUCAACCAACAGAAUGCGAAAAAAGUCCUUCGCCCUCCCUUCCUGGUCCUGCUGAGCUGUACCAAAGCUAUACUCAUGUGACUUCUACACAGGCCCAACAAAGUCCUCUUCAGCUCAGUUUCACAUCUUCUAGCCCUAUCCAGAAUUCCACAGAGGAUCAACCUAUGGCCACAGAGUCUCAGCAGAGUCCAACUCUGGCUAGUCCCAUAUCUUGUAUGUUUGCACAUCCUCCACACAGCCCUCAGCCACAUAGUGGGGCCUACACAGGGCUUAGUCCUACCAGGGUUCAGGCAGGGCCAGCAGAACCUCAGCACAGCCCUACACCAUGCAGUCUCUCACAGGACAACACAACACAAGUCAACAGAUCAUUUAGUCCUACUAGCAUGAUCGUCCCACAGCAUCAACAGAGUCCUGCUCCUCAUAGUCCUGCACAUGUCGGCACAUCACCUCCCCAGAGUCUCACACAGGACGCUGAACCUACACUGGACCAGGAGAGUCCUGGAUCAAGCAGCCCUGCUACUGUGCAGUGCAGGGCUGCACAGGACAUUUCUACACUGGACCAGGACCUCUCACUAGUCUGCUGUAGGUCUACCAAGAUAGCAACAGGACAUGCCACACUGAGACCCAUCUCAGCUCCAUGUAGCCCAUCCCCAUUCCCAGUCAGACCCAGACAGUGUAGUCUGUCACAGCCUGCUAGCCCAGUACAGGUCCGCGCUACACUGGAUAUUGGGCCAUUGCAUCUUAGCCUGCCUCCUGUUCAGGUUGCUGCACUGUCAACAGUCACGAUGGAAUGCACCCAAACCAGUACUGAGGAGCUAAAGUCCUUGGAGCAGAGCCCUAUGCAACGUAGUUUUAACAUUGUUGACCAAACACUGGAAAGUAGCCCUGUCCCGCUUAGCCCCAUCUCUGACCUGUCUACAAUGCCCCCUAAGAACUAUGGUGCAGACAGUCACACCCCUGCCCAUACUCAACCCCGUCAUGUCCCUGCCCUCCCGACACCAGAAAGCCUUGUUCACAUUAGCUCUUCAGUUGAACACAGUAGCCUAACUUGCUCACCUUGUGCUGAUGAAACUGAGAGAAAUUCUUCCUCAGCUAGCAACAUUCGUCAUCCGAGUCCUUGUGAUAGCUCAUCGUUCUGCACAGAAGCUUUUGAGAAAGCUAGCCCCCCACAUAUCCAAGCUAGCGCAGGUAGUGCUAGCCCCACACAUGCUAGUCAAAUGCCUACUAGCGCGACCACCUCUCAGCCUGUCUGUGUUAGCCCCAUUCAAGAUGAGACUAGCCUUGCCCUUUUUUGCCCUUUAGCUGCUGAGAUGAGCCCCUCAACACAAUCAGCUAGCCUUGUAACGCUAACGCAGCCAAUCAGCCCUUUGGCACCAUUAGUUAGAUUCUUAACGGGACCACCUAGCUGCUCAGCAGUACUGGCUAGACCCGUCCACCCCGCUUCAUGUCAGGAUGAGGAGAUGGAGGGAGCUGUUGGCCACCAAAGUGAUAUUAUUCGGGCAGAAACUAGUUCCAAUCAUCUUGACAGCCCCACUCCUGCUACCCCAGUUCACACAGAGGCCAACAGUGGCUGCAUCCUGACAGGCUCUGUGCAUGCUCAGGAGAGAACUUCUGUUUGUAGUUUUUCAACUCCAACUAGCUGUAGUCCUCCACACUGUACACAGACUGGUACUAGCCCCGCUAGUAGCCCUAUUAGCCGCAGUUUGAGCAGCAUCACCUCAGACCUUAGAGGCCAGUCGAGUCCCCGCUCUGCUAGUGGAACUGAAGCUAAUGUCAUUCAUAGUCCAACUGGGUCUAGUCCUGCUGGUCAAGCUAGUCCUCUUCACAUAGUAGUUGCCCACUCAGGCCCACUGCAAACACAGACUCCCUCAUUAGCUCGCACAAUAUGCAGCAGUCCUGCACAUGCUACUGUCACUUGUGUUAGCCCAUUUCACAGUCCAGCUCAGGCCAGCGACACACCCUGUAGCCCCAGAAGUAGCCCCCUUCACUGUACAGCUCCCAACACUGGAACCAGUACUAGCCUUACUGCGGCACAGCCCAGCCCCACUUUGACGAGUCUUGAUGUGGACAUGACGGCCAGUCCCACACACCAGAGUUCCCUUCUUUCCAGUGUGGUUUGGCUUGAUACUGGUCUUGUUAAACCUAAAAACUGUAUUAGGCAAACAAGCCCAACAUCUGCCAGUUGCUUACCUGAUGAAUCAUCUGCUGUAAGCCCCAACCAGGCUAGUCUGAGCCAGGUUAGCAAGUCACCCGCUAGUUCUCCCUCUGCCCCUGACGGGUCUUCAGUCAAAAGCCAACAAAGCACUGCCUGGCUGAGCCCUUUGUAUCGAAGACCAGAUUCUCCAGUUGAUGCUACUUCCACUCAGGCUAGUCCGAGCCAUGCUAGCCCGGUCCAUUCUAGUGCCACUCAGGAUAACACUGCGAUGCCUAGCACUAGCCACACUAGUAAAACCCCUUCUCAACCCACAUGCUCUGACCUCUCAGAGGUUAGCUACCCUCAGUCAGUCUCCACUCAUGUUAGCUCUGCGCACAGUAGCCCUGUCCAAAGUCAUGGCCUUGUGGAUUCAAGUUAUACCCCAAUUCUGGGUCCUCCUAGCCCUGUGCAGCCAGAACGGACUCCUGCUCCUAGUCCUGGUCCUGCUAGCCCUUUGCAGCCAGAGCGGACUUCUGGUCCUGUUAGCCCUGUGCAGCCAGAACCUAGUAUUAGUCCUGGUCCUGUUAGCCCUGUGCAACCAGAACCUAGACCUAAUCCUGGUCCAGUUAGCCCUGUGCAUCCAGACCCUAGUCCUAGUCCUGUUAGCCCUUUGCAGCCAGAACCUAGUCCUGGUCCAGUUUGCCCUGUGCAGCCAGACUCUAUUCCUAGUCCUGGUCCUGUUAGCCCUGUGCAGCCAGACCCUAUUCCUAGUCGUGGUCCUGUUAGCCCUGUGAAGCCAGACUCUAGUCCUGGUCCUGUUAGCCCUGUGCAGCCAGACCCUAGUCCUAGUCCUGGUCCUGUUAGCCCUGUGCAGCCAGAACCUAGUCCUAGUCCUGGUCCUGUUAGCCCUGUGCAGACAGAACCUAGUCUUGGUCCUGUUAGCCCUCCGCAGACAGAACCUAGUCCUGGUCCUGUUAGCCCUGUGCAACCAGAACCUAGUCCUAAUCCUGGUCCUAUUAGCCCUGUGCAGCUGAAACCUAGUCCCCAUGCUGAUUCUGCUAGUCCUGUGCAGCUGGAAUCUAGUCCUUGUCCUGGUCUUGCUGGUCCUGUCCAGCAGGAACUGAGUCCUAGAUGUGAUCCAGCUAGUCCUAUGAGGUGUGAGGCUAGUUCUGAUCUUGGCCUUGCCAACCCGAUGCUCCUGGAGGUUAGUCCCAGCCUUACCACAUUUGGGCAGCCUGAAACUAGCAGUCCUGUCCAGCCUACUGCUGGUCCUGAUCCGGGUUGCUGCUCCGAUGCCACCCUGAAACGGCGUUUACCAACGGAAGCAGAGUCCGCUGUGGACAUCAGCACGGUGGAGGAGAUAGGAGCUCUGCAGGGGGUGGAGGAUGGACAGGAGCAUCUUCAGACCACACAAGAAGAGGAGGCUGUGAGGACAGAGGGAGGAGGACGAGACCAGGAGGAGGAGUACCAGCUCAGCAGCUCCAGCUGUCCUCCUUCAGGACUCCAGGUGCCCCCCCUCCUCCCCUCAUCCUCCCCUCCCCCUCCCCCAGAGGACCAGGAGCCAGCCAAUGACAGAGAAGAUUACAAGACAUCAGUGAAUGACGGCAGCCAAUCACAGAGCCGGUUUGAACCUGUUGCCGGGGUAACAGAACCCAUCAAAGAUGAGCACCAAUCACUCGCUGAGCCUUCAGAGGAGGAGGAGGAGGAGGAGCAGCCUAUAGCAGCACCAGAGCGAGCGGCAUUUGAUGGUGGACAGCCAAUCAGUGAAAGGGAGGAGGGGGAUGAGGACCAAUCAGACGUGGAGGAGGAGCCGGUGAGUCCCGUGCUGGACCUGGAUGCCUCCCUAGACAUGGAGGUGAUGGAGCUGAUGUCCUCGUCUCCUCCCCCCUCCCUCCUGCACCUGUCCUCCCCCAGUCCGCCCCCCCGCAGGGGGAAGGGUCGCACCCUGCGUCCUCCUCCCUGCUCCUCCCGGCCCGUAGACGACCUCUCCAUCCGCCUCCGCCAGUCCCCCUUCUCCACCGAGGCCUCCCCCGAGACCUCCCCCGCUAGACCUCCUGUCACCCCCCCUCCCCUGUCUCCGCCCUCACCUCCUCUCAGGUCCUCCCCCCCAGCCAGAGAGACUCCGCCCCUCUCCAAGCCCCCUGCGCCUCCUCCCACGGUUCUCCUCCCCCUGACUCCUAAGAUCGGCAUGGGGAAGCCGGCCAUCUCUAAGAGGAAGUUCUCCCCUGGCAGACCUCGUCUGAAGCAGGGUUCGUGGUGGAGUAGCCGCAGGGCAGUGAGCCCUCCCUCGUCCUCUCAGGAUUCCACGGGGGAGACGGGGUGGGAUAGCCCUAAGCCCCGCCCACCGGACUCCCCGGUCUGGAGCAUGAGAGUGGGUCGCGGUUCAGGGUUUCCGGGCAGAAGGAGGUCGAGAGGAGGAGGAGGACGAGGAGGGAGAGGACGGAGCCGCCUGAAGACCCAGGACAGUCUGACCCUGUCCCAGGGAUGUGCCUUCGUGGAAACGUUCCAGCCGAAGGAGGAAGAGGAGAACUCGAUGCACAACACGGUGGUGAUGUUCUCCACCUCGGACCACUUCACCCUCAGACAGGACAUGUGUGUAGUGUGUGGUAGUUUUGGUCAAGGAGCUGAAGGCCGACUCCUGGCGUGUUCUCAGUGCGGACAGUGUUACCAUCCUUACUGCGUCAACGUCAAGAUCACGCGGGUGGUCCUGACCAAAGGGUGGCGUUGUCUGGAGUGUACAGUGUGCGAGGCAUGUGGCGAGGCCAGCGACCCCGGGCGACUGUUGCUAUGCGAUGACUGUGACAUCAGCUACCACACCUACUGCCUGGACCCGCCCCUCCACACCGUCCCCAAAGGAGCCUGGAAGUGCAAGUGGUGUGUGUGGUGCGUCCAGUGUGGCUCCGCCUCCGCUGGGCUGCACUGUGAUUGGCAGAGUAACUACAGUCUGUGUGGUCCGUGCUGCAGCCUGAGCCACUGUCCUCUCUGUCACCGACGCUACUCUGAGGACGAGCUGGUGCUGCAGUGUCAGCAGUGUGACAGGUGGGUCCACGCUGUGUGCCAGGGUCUGACCACUGAGGACGAGGUGGAGUUCGCCGCUGAUGAAGGCUUCGACUGUUCGCUGUGCAAAACUCACGGCCGCAGCUCCUUUGGGAGGUCCGACUCCAUGGGCCCCUACAUGGCUCAGAUCAUCUCCAGGAUCAGAGAACAUGACACAAAGACGUACACUCAGGAUGGAGUGUGUCUCACUGAGUCGGGUCUGUCUCACCUGCAGUCUUUGGUUGAGCCUCUGACGUCACCACGCAGGUAUCGCAGGUGUAAACCCAAACUGAAGCUGAGGAUCAUCAACCAGAACAGCGUGUCCGUCCUGCAGACCCCACCGGACCCAGAACCCCCCACAGACCAGGACCCCAGCAGAGGUGACUUGGAGUGCGACAUGAAAUCCGACUCCAGCCCUGAGCGAGACCACGCCCACGAUGAUGAUGUCAUGAAGGAGCCUGAGGUUACUGAUGGCAACAAGAAGAGGAAGAGGAAACCCUACAGGCCAGGUAUCGGGGGCUUCAUGGUCCGUCAGCGUGGAGGGAAGGCCGGUCCGAGCAGAAUCAAACUGUGCAGGAAAGAUUCAUCAGAGCUGCUGCUGGGUCGAGACAAAGGCCUCGUAGACGCAGAUGUUGCCAUGGAGACGGCGCCCCCUGCUCACCAGAUGAUGGAGAAGGUGAAGAAGAGGUAUAGGAAGAAGAAGACCAAGCUAGAGGAGGCGUUCCCCUCUUAUCUACAGGAGGCCUUCUUUGGUCGGGAUCUUCUCGACCGGAGCCGACAGGUGGACAGGAGGGUGGGGCCAGAGAUGCCAGGCGGCAGCCAACCAGGAGCAACGACAGAUGACGUGAAAGAUCCGCUUGCUUCAACAUAUGGCCCCUCCCCCUCUGGGCAGCCGUUGGGCGCCAUGGCAACCACCGUGAACAGGAAGCAGGGAGCGCUGCCCAUGUCGACGGACGCUCUGCUGGAUCUGUCAGACGUCCUCAACACCGACCCUCACAUCCUGGCCACCGGACACACAGGUCAGUUCCAGGUGGAGCGCUCCCCCUCUCCGUUCGCUGGUCUGGACAUCAACUCCAUGGACAAUGACCUCUCCUUGACCUCGGCUCCAGUAGGAAGUGGGCGUGGGCAGAGGGCGGUGCAGGAGGAGCCUCUGGACGCCAUCUUGAGUCCUGAACUGGACAAGAUGGUCACUGACGGAGCCAUCCUCAGCAAACUCUACAACAUCCCAGAGCUGGAGGGGAAGGAUGUGGAGGAGGUCUUCACUGCAGUCCUGAGUCCAAACAGCAGCAACAACCAACAGACACACACUGCUGUUGGGGGCAAGACGCACACACGCAACACAGUGUUUCCUCGCCUGCCGCUGCUGAACGGCCUGAUGCCCGCUGCCCCUCCCUUCCCCAGCUCUCCCAUGAUGCCCGGCGGUACCCAGGCUCCUGCCAGCUUCAGAUUGGCCCAUGUCCAGGGCCCCGCCCCCGGGUCGGCUCCGGCCAGUCAGACGUCCUCUGGCAACGGCGAGCAGGACACGCUGUCGACGGCUCAGAGAGGCAUGCUGAAGUGGGAGAAGGAGGAAAGUCUGGGGGAGAGAGCCACUGUUGCCCCGGUGCUCUACUGCAAUACCAACUACCCCCAGCUGAGGCAGCAGUAUCCCGAUUGGACCACCAGAGUGAAGCAGAUCACCAAGCUGUGGAGGAAGGCCACUUCUCAGGACAGAGCACCCUACGUGCAAAAAGCUCGGGACAACCGUGCAGCCCAGCGCAUCAACAAGGUGCAGCUGUCCAACGACACUCUGAAAGGCCACCAGGCCUCGCAGCCGCUGCCGCCACCCGGGCCCUACGACCCAGUCUACCUGGAGACUGAGGUGGGUUUCAAGGACCCGCUGAGGCCCAAAGAGUCGGAACAGGAGCAGGAGUGGAAGCUCCGACAGGGAGAGGUAGAUGACAGAUGGGGAACCGGUAAGAAGAGGCAGGAAAAUCCCCCCCAAACCAAAGCCCUAAAAUCACCAACAGAUAAAGAUUGUCCCUACCAGGCGCCUGUAGCAGGAGGGGGCAAAGAGGCUCUGCAAAUGCGUCAGAAGAGCAAGCAGCUAGCCAAGAUUGAGGCCACGCAGAAGCUGGAGCAGGUGAAGAACGAGCAGCGGCAGCUUCUGGCCAAUCAGCAUCCGUCCGGACGCCUGUCUCCCGACAGCCCCGCCCCGCAGCCCGUCGUCGGGGGCAACGCCUCCCCGCUGCCACCCAGGGAGGGGCCGCCGCGACGGGCCGACAACGUCUUCCUGCGCCCGCAGGCUCCGCCCCCCUCGGGCUUCUCCUCGCUGCCCCACUCCCCCCUGCCCUCCUCGCCGCUCCACCAGCCGCCCUCCUCCCCCCAGAUGUUCUCCCCACCCUCCUCCCGCCCCUCCUCCCCCUGGGAUCCCUACGGUAAGGUGGUAGGGACUCCUCGCCCCGCCUCCUCGCAGGCCGGAGCGCCACCUCCCCAGCAGCAGCAGCGACGCAACUCCCUGAACACCUCCCCGGCCCACGAAACCGCCGUCUCCCCGGCACGGUCCCCUGACUCCAAGACCUCCGACAGACCCCAGCCAGGCCUGCAGCAGAGUCGAGGAGGUGUCCGUCCGGUGGAGUUGUUCCAGCGGUUCAGUCGUCCCGGUGAGCUGGGCUCCGUGUUCAAGGCCCCGAUGCCUCCCCAGCAGGAGGGAGGAAGGAGGGAAGUGGGCCUCGGCCUCCCCCAGGAGGCUCCGUUCCCCUCCAGCCCCCUGUCGGGCCUGGGCUCCCCCAACCGCAGCCCGUACGCCCCCCGCCCGGACUACGGCCAACAGGUGGAGUCCUUCUCCCCGCUGAGCCCCUAUGCCAACCCUCAGACCCCCGGGACGCCCCGCCCCCACUCUGACCCCGCCUACCUGCCCGCCCCCCCAGCGCUCAGGUUGGACCAGUUCUCCCAACAGCCCCCUGGCCGGCGCCCGUCCCCGUCUCACCCAGCCCCGGACCCCUAUGCCUCCAACCCGGGGACCCCCCGGCCCUCCGACCGUUUCCCCCGAUCUCCGGGUGGUCAGCCUGCCGGGACGCCGCGUCCGUCCCCCGACCCGUACACCCAGCAGCCCUCCACGCCCAGGGCCCACAAGGCCCACGAGUCCUAUGGCCAGAGCGCAGCAAAGAGCUUCGUUCCUCAGCUGGCGGGGUCCGGGUCCUCCCCUCUGGUUCCAGGAGAGCCGGGCACCUUCACUGCAGCACCUCACCAGCUGCAGCAGUCUCCAGGGCGACAGCAGCAGGACUCGUUUCCCAGGACCCCCAGCGGCCAGACCCCCAAGCACGCCGGGAUGGCAGAGGCUCACGACCCUUUCGAGCAGGGUCACAUGACACCGGGCCCAAUGCAGACGGACAAGAUGGCGACCAGCGAUGUGCCAGUGGGCGGGGCUUCCGUCGACGGACCAAUGAGCAUGCUGCCUCAGCUGGGUGACUCUGAGGAGAAGCUGAGGCAGGUAGGACAGCGUCAGCGGCUUCGACAGCUCAUCCUCAGGCAGCAGCAGCAGAAGAGCACCUUACGGCAGGAGAAAGGUCUGCAGGAGGCAGCUCCACCAGCUCCAUCAGGUCCACCAGCUGCUCCAGGUUCUGCCAUGCCUCUCCACAGCUGGUCCCAGGAGGACUCCUCCACCGCUCUCCCAUCAGACCCGUUUGGACGCCCUCCACCCCCCUACCCUGGCACGGUGCGGUCUGGCGGGGCUCCAGGCCCGAGGUUUCCUAGAGGUUUCCUAGGGGAGCAGCAGAGGGGCUUCAGCCCCAGCGAGGGUCCCUUUCCCAGGCAGAGCCUCCCCAGGGAGCUGGGUGUCCGAGGACCCGCCCUGAAGUUUGGUGUUCCUCCUGGAGCUCCAGCGGGCCUGGAAGACUCCUUCCUGCGUCCGCCCCAGGGACCGAUGCCUGCGUCUGGACCGGCUGCGGUGGAGGGAGUCCCUGUCCAGAUGAGGAGGCCCACAUCUGGAGAGCUCACUGGCAUUCGACCUCUCGCUCCUCCCAACGCUCACCCUCUGAUGAUGCCAGGCGUCCCCCAGCCCUUCCUCCCCCGCUCCCUCCCCCUCCAGCAGCACAGCAUCAUGGGACAGCCCUACAUCGAGCUUCGGCACCGCGCUCCAGAGAACCGCCUGAGGCUGCCCUUUCCUUCGGCCCCAGACCCCGAGGCCCCCCUACUGCACCCAAGAGACCCCCAGGGCCCGGUCCGGCCCGGCGCGGCGGUCCGGAUGGCGGACGCACUGAUGGGCCAGGCGAUGGCGGGCAGCGUGGAGCAGCUGAACCAGCAGCACGGCGGCGAGGCAGCGCUCCCAGGGGCUGAUGGGAUGGAGGAGCACCUGGAGGGGGAGGACUCGGCCGUGAAGGAUCUGGAGGACGUGGAGGUGAAGGAUCUGGUGGACCUCAACCUGAACCUCGACCCUGAAGACGGUAAAGAGGACCUGGAUCUGGGGCCCAACGACCUCCACCUGGACGACUUCCUACUGUCGGGGAAGUUCGACCUGAUCGCCUACGCCGACCCCGAGCUCAACCUGGAGGACAAGAAGGACAUGUUCAACGAGGAGCUGGACCUGGGGGAGCCGGUGGAGGACAAGGAGGGAGCAGAGAGGAGGGACGGAGUCGGCGGCGCCAGGAGGAGGGACGGUCCUUCUCUCAGUCAGGUCAAACAGGAGGCGAUGGAUGACAUGAAGACAGAGACCUGGAGCAACUCCUCCAGCGCACCCCUGGGACCUCCAGGAGCUCUAGGGCCCUCCGUGCUCCUCAAGGACCACGUGGAGGACUCUAGUCCAGGGGCCUUGCCGGCCCUCCAGGCCCAGGAACAGAGUCAGUCAGUGGGCCUGGCCCCUAGGGGCCAGCCCCCCCUGGCUGCAGGUCAACAGUCGUCCUUCCAGCGGCAGCAGAGAUCCUUUGGACCCUCCUCGUCCUCCUCGGUUCUCCUCACCCAACACCCUCAUGGCCUCCCGGUGUCUCCUCACCCCAGCCUCCCUCCUAAGGUCCCCCCUGGCCCUCCUCACCCGCCGCCCCCGCAGCCUCGCCUCCUCCUCAGCCCCCAGCCUCCACAGCCAGGGACCUCCACCCAGAACCAGGCCCCCUUCUCCCAGGGCCAGACCAAGGACCGGCCUUUGCUGCUGGAGGAGCAGCCUCUGCUGCUGCAGGACCUCCUGGACCAGGAGCGUCAAGAGCAGCAGCAGCAGAAGCAGAUGCAGGUCCUGAUCCGACAGAGGUCCGGCUCAGACUCGGUGUUCCCCGGCAUGGACUUCGACUCCAUCUCAGACCCCAUCAUGAAGGCCAAGAUGGUGGCUCUGAAGGGCAUCAACAAGGUCAUGACUCAGGGCAGCCUGGGACUCAACCCCAUGGUCAUGAACAGGUUCCAGGAGGUUCCAGGGGCCCCAGGUCCUGAGGGGCCUCCUCAGCCUCCACGUGUGGUGGGACAGGACGGGAAGGUGAACCCUCAGCUGGUCAGACCCAGCCCCCCCAGCUUCAGCCCGGGCUUCGUCAACGAGUCUCAGCGGCGUCAGUACGAGGAGUGGCUGGGGGAGACACAGCAGCUCCUGGGGAUGCAGCAGCGCCUCCUGGAGGAGCAGAUCGCCGCCCACCGCAAGACCAAGAAGGCCCUGUCGGCCAAACAGAGAACGGCCAAGAGAGCGGGACGAACGUUCGCUGAGGAGGACGCCGCCCAGCUGCGCUACAUCAGCGAGCAGCAGGGGGCGGUCCAGAAACAGCUGGAGCAGAUCCGGAAGCAGCAGAAGGACCAUGCGGAGCUGAUAGACGACUACAGGGCCAAACAGCAGCAGCAGAGAGCGCCCCCUAUUGUCCCUGCACCCCCUCACAACCUGCUGGCCAUGCAGCCCCACCCGGCCGGUCCCGUCCCGCCCCGUGUCCCCGGCGUCCCCCCAGGUUGGACCCCAGGCGGUGGGGCUCCGGGAGUGAUGGUGCAGAGGAUGCCCCCUCACCUGCCCCCUCAGAUGCCCCCCGUCCUGCCCAGCACCCCCCAGGGUCCCCCCCGGGGCCCCGCUGGGGGACCCAACGGAGCCGGAGGGGAUGGAGCCACGCCCACACCUCAGGUGAAGUUCGACGACAACAACCCAUUCAGCGAGGGCUUCCAGGAGAGGGAGAGGAGGGAGAGGCUGAGGGAGCAGCAGGAGAGGCAGAGGGUGCAGCUGAUGCAGGAGGUGGAGCGUCAUCGUGCCCUGCAGCAGAGACUGGAGCUGGAGCAGCAGGCCCUCCUGGGGGCCCCCAUGGGCCCCGGGUCUGGAGCUCUGUCAGGAGCUCGGGUUGGGCCGACGCCAGGACCUGGUCCCGGAGGUCCUACCGGAUCAACAGAUGCCCCCGGUGGGGACGGUCUCUCCCAGAUGCCCUUCUUCAGCUCCGAACUGCCCCAGGACUUCCUCCAGUCCCCCCCGGCCCCCAGACCUCAGCUCCAGGCCCCGGCGGGGCCACCGUUCCCCCAGCAGAAGGGCCUCCACGAGGGUUUCAAGGGACCACUACACCCAGGGGCCCACCCAGCCCCAGGCCUGCUCCCCGGGGCCACAGCAGAGUGGGGCAGGGCCCUCCCCGAGCACGGACCCCCUCUGGAUGUGGCUCCUUCCGACGUCCAGAUGAGGCCGAGGCUGCCAGGCCUCUCUGGGCCCUCAGCCCAGGGGCCGAUACUCCUGGCUGGGGUCAGAGGACUGACCCCCUCCCAACCCCACCGAUAUGGACACGACUCCUCCUCCCCCUCCUUCCCUUGCCCCUCCCCUGGAGGCCCCGCCUCCCUCAUCCAGCUCUACUCUGACAUCAUCCCUGAUGACAAACCAAAGAAGAAGCGCAGCAGGAAGAGGGACGGAGACGACGCCUCACACUCUGAUUACAUCACUGCCCCGCCCACCUCAGCCAUCUCAGACGCCUCCUGCUCCACGCCCAGUCAUAGUAGCGUGGACCAAUCACACGUGUCCUUCUCUCAGAGCUCCUCUCGCUCUGCUCUGGCUCCGUCGUCUGAGUUGGAGAGGCAGCUUUCCGUCAGCUCUGCAGCCCAGCAGAGAGCCUCUAUCCUGGGCAUGGAGGGCCAGGGAGGGCCCCUGUGUGCAGCUCGUUUGGAGGUCAAGGAAGAGCGUGAGGAAGGCGGGGUCUGUGGGGCAGGUGUGGUAAAGGUGGAGGAGGGCAGAGUCGAGAGCUUCUCCUCCUCCUCCUCCUCCCCUCGUCAGGGGGGCGACGGGGGGAAGGAGCUGCUCCGACACCUGCUGAAGGACAACACCUCCCCCGCCAGCACGCCCUCACCCACCGGCCAGGCUUCGCCCACCGGCCAGGCUCCGCCCACUUCCCACCCCCAGCUUUCCAAUGAGAGCCUGCAGUCUGAGGACGAGGACAGACCUGGUUCCCAUGGCAACAUGGUGAGCAGGGACAGUCCUGGUUCAGAUCUUCUCGACCCCUCUGGUAGGAAGAAGGCUCAGCGCUGUAAGAGACCGGCCCGGCCCGACAAAGACAGAGCUCCUCCCAAAUACAAGAGGAGGAAGAAAGAGGAGGAGGAGAAGACCCUCCACUCCUCCACCUCCUCCUCUGACCCGCUGAUGACACACCUCCGACAGCUGUCUGUGCUGCCGCUCAUGGAGCCAGUUCUAGGGGUGGACCUGAGUCUGUUCCCCCCGUACGGCAGUUCCUCCCUGGGCAGCGACUCCAGAUUGAUGGGCUCCUUCGGCAACGCCUCCCUGGACGGAGUCACCGACUACUACUCCCAGCUCAUAUACAAGCAGAACAACCUCAGUAACCCCCCCACCCCUCCGGCCUCCCUGCCCCCCACCCCUCCCCCAGUGGCCCGGCAGAAGCUGGUGAACGGGUUCGCCUCCACGGAGGAGCUGGACAGGAAGGACAUGACCGACCAGGAAGGGAAAGGUGCGUCGGCGCUGAAGCAGAAAGGGGAGGAGCUUAUGGCUCUAAACCGCACCUCCAAGACCGUAGACGUCCCGGCCUCCUUGCCGACCCCCCCACAUAACAACCAGGAGGAGCUCCGGGCGCAGGACUCGUCGCAGCGCGGCAGCCCCGACGGCUUCGUCCCGUCCUCGUCUCCGGAGAGCAUAGCGGACAUGGAGGUCAGCAGGUACCCUGACCUGUCCUUCAUCAAACUGGAGCCGCCUUCGCCCUGCCCGUCGCCUACGUUACCCAUCAUGCCCUGUGCCUGGGGCAAAGGCUCUGCAGUCAAACAAGAAGUGAAGGCGGAGCCGAUCCGUCAUGGCCGUCCUUCCUGCUCUAACACUGACUUGGUUACCAUAGCGAUCACCCUCAACCCCGUUGCAGCUCAGAGUGUAGCGGGUGUGAUGGCAGCGGUGGCGGAGCUGCUGCUGGUUCCCGUCCCCGUCGACUACAGGCUGAGCCGAGCGGCCAGCCCUGAGCAGAACUCUCUGGCUUUGCUGGCCGGGGUCCGAGUGCCGCUGCCACAGGUUUCAACAGGAAGCAGACGACAGAGACCUGCAGCUGCUGCAGCAAACACAGGUGUCAGGAUGGACUACAUCCAACAUGGUGGGGCUGCUGCCAGGCCUCAGUGUUGCAGUUACUGCAAGGUGCUGCUGGGAAACGGAGUCCGUAUAGUCAAGGAGCUCAAACAGGAGGGUCGACCCAGCCUGGUGUUCUGCAGUCCAAACUGCUCUUCUCUCUACACAGCAGACGUACACAGCAGGUCAGCAGGAAACAAGGCUGCGAUGCCCAUCCUGCAGUCUGGCUCUGAGUGCCCUCCUGCCAGCAGAGGGCAGCACCAGUACACCAACAACAUGUCCUCCAUCGCCGUCCACUCCCUCCCCCACACUCCCUUCUCCUCCUCCUCUCCUCCUCCUCUUUCCUUCCCCCCUGCCUCGGCCGUCACCAUGGAGACCAGGCCCCGUGUGGACAGCCUCAAGGUGAAGGUGAAGCUGAAGCCCCGCCCCCGGGCAGUCCCAGGUGGAGAGGACUCACAGUCGCCUCGCCAUGGGAAGAGAAUGAAGAGCUGCCGCUGGAGACGCUGGAGUGUUAGCAUCACACUGAGCAGGGGUCCUUGCAUUCCUAAUGAGGCGGUUGCCAUGCCAACAGAGGAGGAAGUGGACAUGCUGUUGAAGAAGCUGGGGGCGUGUCUUCGUCCCGAGCCGUUACCUAAAGACCAGCGGAGGUGCUGCUUCUGUCACCAGCAGGGCGACGGCCAGACGGACGGACCAGCCAGACUGCUGAACCUGGACCUGGACCUGUGGGUGCACCUGAACUGCGCUCUGUGGUCCAGCGAGGUGUACGAGACCCAGGCCGGCGCCCUCAUCAACGUGGAGCUGGCUCUGAGGCGAGGUCUGACGCUGCGCUGCGCCUACUGCCAGCAGACCGGAGCCACCAGCGGCUGCAACCGCCUGCGCUGCACCAACACCUACCACUUCACCUGCGCCCUGCAGGCCCACUGCACCUUCUUCAAGGAUAAGACGAUGCUCUGUCACCUCCAUAAGCCCAGGGCAGUUCCUCUGAGCGGGGACAGGUCCUCCAGCGGGUCCCCGUCCUCCACCCCUGGUCCGACCCCCGACCCGGCGGCGGCGGCCUCUGACCCGUACAACUCGGAGCUGCGGUGCUUCUCCGUGUUCCGCCGGGUGUUCGUGCAGCGGGACGAGGCGCGGCAGAUCGCCGCCGUGGUGCAGCGCGGCGAGCGGCAGCACACCUUCCGGGUCGGCAGCCUGCUGUUCCGCGCCGUCGGCAGGCUCCUCCCACAUCAGAUGAGCAACUUCCACAACGAGACCGCCAUCUUCCCCGUCGGUUACCACGCCAACCGCAUCUACUGGAGCAUGCGCCACAGCAACAGACGCUGUAAGUACAUGUGCUACGUGGAGGAGAAGGAGGGCGAGCCGCUGUUCAGGGUGAAGGUGGUGGAGAAGGGACACGACGACCUCAUCCUGACCGGACCCACGCCCAAAGCCGUGUGGGAGCAGAUCCUGGAACCAGUGUCCCAGAUGAGGUCCUCCACUGGGACUCUGAAGCUCUUCCCAGUUUACCUGAAAGGAGAAGAUCUGUUCGGUCUGAGCACGUCGGCAGUGACCCGGAUCAUUGAGUCGCUCCCUGGAGUGGAGGCCUGUGAGCGCUACACCUUCCGCUUCGGCAGGAACCCUCUGAUGGAGUGGCCUCUGGCCUUCAACCCGUCUGGCUCGGCCCGAUCAGAACCCAAAGCCUACCAGGCCAAGAGGCCCUACCUGCUGACCAGCAUCGCCCCCCGCUGCCAGGGCUCGGUGGGCUCCAUCGUGGGUCUGGUUCCUGGCGUCAUCUCUCUGGCUCCCGGUGAGGCGGUGGCUGGCGCUCACCAGGGACGCCACUCCAAGUCCUCUCAGUACCGACGCAUGAAGGCCGAGUGGAAGAGCAACGUGUACCUGGCCCGCUCACGCAUCCAGGGCCUGGGUCUGUACGCUGCCAGAGACAUAGAGAAAUGCACCAUGGUCAUCGAGUACAUCGGCACCAUCAUCAGGAGUGAAGUAGCCAAUCGCAAGGAGAGGCUGUACGAGUCACAGAACCGCGGCGUGUACAUGUUUCGGAUCGACAACGACUACGUGAUCGACGCCACCAUCACUGGAGGACCUGCCAGGUACAUCAACCACUCAUGUGCUCCCAACUGCAUCACUGAGGUGGUGACGGUGGAGAAGGAGAACAAGAUCAUCAUCAGCUCCUGCAGACGCAUCCAGAGAGGAGAAGAGCUGAGCUACGACUACAAGUUCGACCUGGAGGACGACCAGCAUAAGAUCCCGUGUCACUGUGGAGCCAUGAACUGUCGCAAAUGGAUGAACUGAACACACACCAACACAUAUACACACACAUACACUCAGACACACACUCUGGCAGCUCUCUAUCUGUCUCUCUCUCUCUCUGGUGUUGAAUGAAGCCGACUGUCACUCGCCCUCCUUUGUGGGCGGAGCUCAGUGUCACAUGAUGAAACAUCUUAAUUGAUAAUGAAAUUGAUCGAACUGAUGAAUGAUGAGGGGGCGGGGUUUAUAUAUAUAUAUAUAUAUAUAU